UAGAAAUCGUAGGAAACGGCCGCGGGUGUUCCACCGAGCGGAAAUUUAAGUUCAAAAUCCACUAAAGUCGCAUGAGCAUCAGAAUGUCACCGAACAGCAACUCCGAAAAGCCACUCAAUCCCAACGAGCUCCUUCACAUUCCAAAGUGGGUGAAUGAGGACUAUUUCCAGCCCAUUAUCGAAAAGGAUGUGGAAAACUUUGACAAAAUCGUGAACUUUACACCCAUUGCGGCCACUGCCCCCGGGGAGAACUACACUUCUAUUAUGAUCCGAGUUAUUGUGGAUAUUCUGUUGAAGGAUGGCAGCGAGCAGAAAAUAUCGUAUAUUCUGAAAACAAUGCUGGAGGCGGACAGUGGAGCUGAUGUGGUCAAUGGCAUGGGUCUGUUCCCCAAGGAGAGGAAAAUGUACGAGGUGCACAUCCCGCAGUUCGUCGAGCUUUACAAGGAGGCGGGCUUGGAUAUUGAGCUGGCGCCCAAGUGUCUCCAUGUCGAGGCCAACGCCGAAUUGAUUACCCUGGUUUUCGAGGAUCUGAGUCGGCAGAAUUUCAAGAAUUGCGAUCGGCUCAAGGGCUUUGAUCUGGCUCACAUGAGCCGUGUGCUCCGGAAACUGGCCGAACUACAUGCCGCCUCCGUGGUGGCCAGGGAAAUAAAUGGGCCCUACGAUCCGAUGUACCUCAUGUCGAUGUUCAACGAGCAGAGUCGCGAUCUCUUCAAGGCUCUUGGGGAGAUGCGGCAGGUGCAGUUUUUCAAGGCGAUGCGUACGUGGGACCUAGAGGACAUCGACAAAUACAUCUCCCGGAUGUGGGAUCCCAUGGAGGUAUUCGAGGAGGCAAUGCAGGUCAAUCAGGUCGACGAGAAUGAGUUCAAUGUGUUGAACCACGGUGACUGCUGGUCCAACAACAUCAUGUUUAAUUACAAGGACAACGGGGAGAUAGACAGAACCAUAUUCGUGGACCUGCAGAUCGGAAAGUGGGGCAGUCCGGCCCAAGAUCUUUGGUACCUGAUCACAACAUCUGCCUCGCUGGACAUCAAGAUCAAGGAGUUCGAUCACUUUAUUCAAAUCUAUCACGAACGACUGGUUGAAUGCCUUAAACUUCUUAACUACUCGAAGCCCAUUCCUACUCUAAGGGAUCUGCACAUCAUGAUGCUGAAGUACGGAUUCUGGGGACCCCUGACAUCCACGGGUGUAAUGGUGGCCACACUUAUGCCCACAGACAAGGAUGCCAACAUGAAAAUGAUGAUGGCCCCAGGACCAGAGGCCGAUGCUCUGCGUUACAGGACCUUUACCAAUCCCAUCUACGCCAAGGCCAUGAAGUUGCUAUUACCCUUUUUCUAUAACAAGGGACUUUUGAAGUCCACCUAGGUUUAAUUCCCCUUCCAACUUAAAGUGUAGCCAAUUUUUUGUGAUAUCAUAUAUCAUAAGAACAAGCAAUAAAGAGUACCUAGAAUUGUCUUAACUUAA